GUACUGGUGGAGGUAGCAGGAUCAGCGGAGCGGCCGAGAGCGCACGCAGUCCGACGAAAGCCGCGGUGGCGCGCGCGCGGCUCGCGCCAACUUUUGUCUUUCGCAGAGUAGACACGUGAACGCAACCACGUGGUCAAGUGCGUGAACACCGAGAGGAGAGAGAAAAAGAGAAAAAGGGAGAGAGAGAGAGAGAGAGAGAGAGAGAGAAAAGGAGAGCUGGAGCUGUUCGCGGGAACUUGGCCGGGGUGCUAUCUAGACCUAGACAGUGACAAGUUUUCGCGACCGCGACAACUUCGGGACCGCUUCGGGGUGCCGCAAUCCGCCGCAGCCGUGAACACGAGAACAACCGUCAACCUGGAGCCCACGUGUCAGAAACGACGGAAAUGUGAGGCCGAUGGGAAGGAGGCGAAGGCGGAGCUGACGGCGCAACGCAAUAUGUUCCCUAGCGCUCAAAUUAAAAUGAGAUUGCUGUCGCCAAGCAGUUCGCCGGCCACCUCGCCCACGAUGUCGAAUUCCUCGUCGCCAACACCACCGACGCCGGCGGCCCCGGCUUACAACCAGAAGAUGACCGGUAUUCCUUGCGUAGCGGCCGCUUCGAGGUACACCGCACCGGUCCACAUCGACGUCGGCGGCACGAUAUACACAUCCUCCCUCGAGACUUUAACCAAGUAUCCGGAAUCCAGACUAGCGAAAUUGUUCAACGGCAGCAUCCCUAUCGUUUUGGAUUCGCUGAAACAACAUUACUUCAUCGACCGAGACGGCGGUAUGUUUCGGCACAUAUUGAACUUUAUGCGAAAUUCCCGGCUGCUGAUACCCGACAACUUCGCCGACUUGGAUCUGCUGCUGGAGGAGGCGCGGUACUUCGACAUAGCGCCGAUGUGCCGGCAGCUGGAGCAGAUGAAGAAGGAGCGCAUUAAGAACGGCUCAACCACGACGAUGUCGUCGUCGUCGCCGAGUCCACCUCCCGCCGGCCAACACGUCGGCCGCGGCACCACCGCUUGCACCACCGCGCCCUGCAACCGCGACCCGGACAAGAUACGCGGCAACGACGGCAACUGCAGCUACGAGUGCGUGGCGUUGCACGUGAGCCCGGACCUGGGCGAACGGGUGAUGCUGUCGGGCGGGCGGGCGCUGCUGGAUGAGGUGUUCCCGGAGACGACGCAAGCGGUGAUCGACGCGCGCUCCGGCGUCGCCUGGCACCAACAAGAUGCUCGCCACGUCAUCCGGUUCCCGCUCAACGGCUACUGCAAGCUGAACUCGGUGCAGGCGAUCACCAGGCUGCUGAACGCCGGCUUCCGGGUGGUCGCGAGCAACGGGGGUGGCGUCGAGGGCCAGCAGUUCUCGGAGUACCUGUUCGUCAGGCAAGCCGUCAACACCUGACGGAGCACCACGCACCAUCAUCACCACCACCACCACCUCCACCACCAGCGCAAAACGAUCUCCAGGUCGAUGGUGCGCUGCCUGCAGCGCGACCAUGAGCUGGAGUGAGUUCUUCAACUGCACACUCCUGGGAGAUUCUCCCACUCAAGACUGCAUCGCGGAACAUUCAUCACGGUCGUUCGGAUCACACGCCGAAACGCGAAGAGCGUCUCGAUGUUAUGAGGAUACAAGGCUGACCAGAAGAAUCCGCAACUGUCGCGCCGAGGCCGGGAAACGAUGGAGGCUGAAGUGUCGUAGAGGGGUGAUGAUUAAAUUCUCUUUGAAUUUCUUCCAACGAGAUUCUCCGCUCGAAGAGGGCAAGUCGCUUGAAUUCGGCUGACUUUCUGUUCAUACAGGCUGAACAGGCCACCACUCUGAGCCGUCGAGUGAACAUGUUCAUUUGAGGCUGAAGCGUCAUUCCGGUGUGUUCCAGCCGUACAUUGAGAGAAAAAUAUUUAAAAAGUAAAAAAAUAUGUAUUCCGAGUGACGGUAUUUUCGCUGUCACUUCAGAUAAAUUUUCUUUCGUUUUGAGCGAGAUUUCGUUGCAAGAGAUUUAGAGGAUAACAUAUAAAAGAGAGAAGAGAUAAAUUAGAAAAAAAAUCUGACAGAAGAAGAAGGGAAAUAAUUCGGAACGACGACAGCAUUGCUCGUCGGAGAACAUUACGAUUAACGUGAUACUAGUUAGGCUGAGCUUUAUGACGUAAUUGACUUUAUUAUGUAAUUAACGAUAAAUCGCGGCACUUCCGAGAACGAGAAGUUGCUGAAGCGCCGUCGAGCGGCACUUGCGACGACUGCGUAGCGUUACGACGGCUUGAAACAAAACAUCGUCGGUCGCCACGGCGACCGAUUGUGCGCGAAUUGCUGCGAAUGUAUCUCCAAAUUAGAUACGCAAUUUUAAGACGAGCAUCACUCUCUCGACUCAUCAGCGUGCACGGCUCUCGUCGUUCACGACGAUCGCGUUAAGUCACAUCUGAACGAAAAGACCGAACUUCGUACACAGCGCGAGCCCGACGAUGGCAACGAUGUAUCGCGUGACUCUCUCAUCUCGACGAAGCCUAAACCGUAAUAUUAAUCAUAUACACACUGCAAUUUCGUGUUCUCCCCUCGUUCAUUGUAAAAAUGCACGUAUCACCGGAGCGAAAAUCAUAGCCAUAACACAGCAUAAGGAACGAAUAAACGCUUCCGUCUCUCUCACACACCCGACUUCUGCACCAUUUUAACGCUGUCCGGAAUGGAAUUCCCAGCUCCACGUAUAAA